UACUUUGCUCGGGUUGACUUAAGUGCAUUUGGAGCCUGAUUAGUGCAGGAGAGCAUGGACAGUGAUCCUCUAAGUUCGGUCAUGGACCCAGUUCCUGAGGAGGUUCCACUAGAAAUGGAUGAUGACUGCCUUAUGAUGAAGAGGAUAGAGCCUCUUCAACAUCCUGACACGUUCGACUAUACCAAGUUCUUCAUGAGCCACUGCUGCUACGAUGCCAUACCAACCAGCUCUAAACUGGUCAUCUUUGAUACCACUCUGCAGGUCAAAAAGGCGUUUUUUGCAUUGGUUGCUAACGGAGUCCGAGCUGCGCCGUUAUGGGACAGCAAGCAGCAGCGAUUUGUAGGGAUGCUGACUAUAACAGACUUUAUUAACAUUCUCCACCGAUAUUAUAAAUCACCCAUGGUUCAGAUCUAUGAACUAGAAGAGCACAAGAUCGAAACCUGGCGAGAGAUCUAUCUUCAAUACAACAUCAUCUCUCUGAUCAGCAUCACCCCUGAGUCCAGCCUCUUCGAUGCCAUUUACUCCUUACUGAAGAACAAGAUUCACAGGCUGCCGGUUAUAGAUCCAGAAACAGGGAAUGUUCUGCACAUCCUCACCCACAAACGCAUCCUGAAGUUCCUUCACAUCUUUGGUUCCACGAUCCCAAAGUCACGAUUCUUACUAAAGCAAAUUCAGGAGGUUGGCAUCGGAACGUUUAGAAAGAUCGCCACGGUCCAGGAGAGCGCCACUGUUUAUGAAGCAUUAGCAAUAUUCGUCGAACGGCGAGUUUCAGCCCUGCCUGUUGUGAAUGAACAAGAGAAGGUGGUGGCCCUCUACUCACGAUUUGAUGUAAUUAACCUGGCUGCCCAGAAAAAUUACAACAAUCUGAACAUGACAAUGCGAGAAGCCAUUGAGAGCCGCUCAUGCUGCAUUGAAGGAGUGCUGAAGUGUUACCCACAUGAAACCCUGGAGACCAUCAUUGAUCGAAUAGCUGAGGCUGAGGUUCACCGAUUAGUCCUGGUGGAUGAAGAGGACAGGGUGAGAGGAAUCAUCUCACUGUCUGACCUGCUUCAGGCGUUGGUCUUGACACCUGCAGGAUGUGCCAGACAACUUGCUGGACAAAGUUGCUCUGUGAUUAUUAAGUGCUCACUAGGCUUUUUCUUGUAACCAGAACUUGUAAGUGUAAUAAUGGGGAUCUGAUUUUUGAUUUUUACUUCUAAUCAAGUGCACUGUGUAGGUAAUUGCUUACUUGUGCAUCUCUUGCUAUACACAGAGCUAAACAGUGGAGACCUGGAAAUAAAACACCAUUUAUUCAUAGCAUGAGUCUGUUUUUUACUGAUAAUCUUCAAACCUGAUGACUUACUUAAAUGUAUUAAAAUUAUUUGUAUUUUUAUUUGCUGCAUUGAUACCUACAACUUGAUUAGAAUUAAAUUUAUGCACUGAAAGUAUAUUAAAUACAAUACAAUAAUAUUAAAAACAAAACAGGCUAAAUACGUUCCUCUUCUGUGUCAACCUUGUAUUUAUUUAGCCAGAAUACAUCAUGUGAUUGACAGCAAUUAAUAGAUAGUAACACAGUUUAAUGUCUAAUAAAUGUUGUCCAUUUCUUUUUGAGAUCUACGUUUUGUUUCCUUCUUCAUUCCACUGCCGUGUUGGAAACACACAUUUACUUUAAAUUACUUUUACUUUUAAAUGAGUUUUAAAUGAUUGUGACGACACUCACUGGUUACACAGUAGUAAAGAACAAACACUGUCUGAUAUAAUAUGUAUAAUUGUUUCUCGUUAUGAUCUUUGUGUGAAAAGGGAUUGUAAAUAUUUGUUUUUGGAUUUUCAAAUUGAUCUGCAUACAUAUGAUUAAAUUGUAUUGAUCUCAUUGUGAAAAUUGGUUUUGACAGCCUGCAUAUGAGGUUUUAUUAGUAAGGUUCCUGAAAUACACUGUGUUGCACAAUCCCCAUUAUAGACAUGUAUUAUACUUUUGUAAUAUGCUUUGUUUAAAAAUCUAUCAUCGCCCAGUUUCUUUUAAAACUGUUCUUAAACUCUAAAUCAUGCAGCAGGUAGAUUUAACCUCUACUUUCUGAUAAGUAUCAUUUAAUCUCUCAGGCUGAAGGUCAGUGUUUUCAUGAUAUGUUCUAGUGAGGUCGACAAAUGUACCCACCUAAAUUUAAGGUAACUUAAUUCAUUAUGGAUGAUUAUGGUUAACUAGUUUUUUUUGCACAAUCAGUUGUUGAUGCAAAGUUAGAUUGCAUACAAACUAAGAAAAAAAAUCCAGCCGAUCUUUGUAUAUUAAGAUUUGACCAGUGUAGUAAGAAUCAUAUUUCAUGUUAUAAUCAGUAAAUGAAGCCAUGUUUGAUCAAAUAUUAUCAUGUGUUAAACAAGCUUGAAUUAAACGUUUCAUCACAUUGUAUGUAAAGUACUUUGUCGUUAAUAAAUGAAUGCAACUUUUCUCUUUGUGCAUUUUUAUUCCAGUAUUCUGUUCAUCUUGAUGGUAAUGUUGUAUUGACCUUGAUGAUAAUGUUGUAUUGACCUUGAUAAUAAUGUUGUUUUCACUGCACCUCAUGUAAUUUGAUAUUGUUAAGUUUAAAAAGCAAUUGCUGUUUUUUCACAAAAGUGAUAUGGACGUUGGAUAACUUUGUCUGUGAGGUAAAUAAAAGAUUUUUUUU